AUGACUUUCAAUCCUGACUAUGCUUGUUGUGAUGAAUCAAGUGACUCUGAAGCAGAAGUUUACGCGAGACCGCAAUACCUGCGCAAAGAUCGACAACCGGGGAGAGCAAGCGCACAAGACUUUCAAUCUAUGCAUAGAACCAAGGCUAAUGAGGACUUUUUUGACCUAGCGGACCUUGCCAUGACAGAGAAGCUUUUGAAAAUUCAACCUAGGAAAAUCAAAUAUGUUGUCGAUCCGGCUAUGCGUCAAGACGGAAUCAUAAAAGAGAAACCUCAAAUGAAUUCAGCAAAUGAGAAAGCUUUUGAGAGUUGCGAAAAAUCGUUCGAAUAUGGCGAUGCUAUCAACGGGUUCAGGUUCGUUGGCCUCAAUCCGGAAGUCAAACGGUUCCACGAAAUUCUGGGGUCCAACCAGAAAUGUCCGUACGAUAAAGUAAAAUUUGAGUGCCUACAAGAAGGAAACGUCGAGCGAAAUAUCACAAGUUUCUGGUCGUCAGCUUCUGAUGUAAUAUGUGCGCCUUUGAUGGGAGUGUACCCUCUGGAGACGGUUGAAAUUGAUGAUAUCACGAAAGAAGGAAUCAUCACUUUCUAUGAGGAGAGUUCAAAGCUACUCAAUGAGCCAGUCAGAGAACUUUACCGCCAGCAGCGUAUUGCAUGGCAUCCUGACAAAAUGUUACGACGAUUCCAGAAUCCAGAUGCAGUGGUAAAAGCUAAAAUCACCAAAAUAUUCCAGUUAAUUAACAACUUGUGGGAGCCGAAAUGA